UGGUUUGGCCACACGAGGCACCGGACUGAAGUCAGGAAUUCCCUCUUCUGCUCUGGCUGCGCCCGUCUCGCCUCCUCGCCGCCCGAUUGCGCUUGGGCGUAACAGACGCCUGAUCCGGCGCUCUGUAGACCGGCGACAAGCAAGAGGAGUUUGUUGGGCCGGAGGGAGGAAAUUCCAGAAUCCAUCUUGGGGAAACUUGCCGAUUUAAGUGGCUAAAACUGGACGCUGCGCAGAUCUGCAUCUUCUUCCUUCUUUAUUUCCUCUUCUCCUUUCCGGUGGCUAUCGCUUUGGAUUACUUUGGAAAUUUUGCUUCGAGGGUGAAGUUGAAUUGGAACGACCUUGCCUCCCUCCCUCCCCCGCGGAGGUCCCUGUUUGCAAGGAUUUUUAACCCUCUGCGGGGUAUUGUGUUAGCGCUGGCUGCCUCUGCUCUCGGAGUUUCUAGGAGGGGCCUCUGUUGUGGAGUGUUUUUGUUUCUAUGGAGAAACGCAAUGAGCUGUUCUGCUCAUGACGGGGAAAUCCGCCUUCAGUUUUUUAUAUGCGUGGAAGGGAGUCCUUGAUACAUGUCUGCCAGGAAACAAAAACAACAAAAGAAAAGAAAUGAGCCGUCAGACUGCUACAGCACUUCCUACGGGUACCUCCAAGUGUACACCGUCCCAGAGGGUACCUGCAUUGACUGGCACUACAGCAUCCAACAAUGACUUGGCUAGCCUCUUUGAGUGUCCCGUGUGUUUCGACUAUGUAUUGCCACCUAUUCUGCAGUGCCAAAGUGGCCACCUUGUUUGUAGCAACUGUCGUCCCAAGCUCACGUGCUGUCCGACUUGCCGAGGCCCAUUGGGUUCUAUUCGUAACUUGGCUAUGGAAAAAGUUGCCAACUCUGUACUGUUUCCUUGUAAAUACGCCUCCUCGGGCUGUGAGAUAACUUUGCCCCACACCGAGAAAGCUGACCACGAAGAGCUUUGUGAAUUUAGGCCUUAUUCAUGUCCGUGCCCUGGUGCUUCUUGUAAGUGGCAAGGAUCUCUGGAUGCUGUUAUGCCCCAUCUCAUGCACCAGCAUAAGUCAAUCACAACACUACAGGGAGAAGAUAUCGUUUUCCUCGCCACAGACAUUAACCUUCCUGGUGCUGUUGACUGGGUUAUGAUGCAGUCUUGUUUUGGCUUUCAUUUCAUGUUGGUAUUGGAGAAACAGGAGAAGUACGAUGGUCACCAGCAGUUCUUUGCAAUUGUACAGCUGAUAGGCACACGGAAACAGGCUGAAAAUUUUGCUUACCGACUAGAGCUGAACGGUCAUAGGCGGCGAUUGACUUGGGAAGCAACACCGCGAUCGAUUCACGAAGGGAUUGCAACUGCCAUCAUGAAUAGUGACUGUCUAGUCUUCGACACCAGCAUCGCGCAGCUGUUUGCAGAGAAUGGCAAUUUAGGCAUCAAUGUGACGAUUUCAAUGUGUUGAAACUGCAGUCCAGCGUUUUGAGGCCAGUGUCUGUGGUGGAGCGGGGAACCCCACCACCAUUGCAUUCAGUUUCAUAGAAAUCAAGGUAAAACAUCUUUGGCUGCCGGAUACGAGCUAGUAGGGAGAGGUUAGCGCAUAUGAAAGUAAAUUAAGGGAAAGGCUGUGGAAAGUACAGGAAACAGUUGCAUGUAAUAACACUAAUAUAUUUAAAAGUAAGUCAGCAGUAAACCACUGAAAUAUAUAUAUAUGUGUGUAUAUAUAUAUAUAUAUAUAUAUAUUAUACCCAAAAUGGGCAUCUUUUUGUAUUAAGAAUUGAUUCUACGGAAAAGUGUUGUAAAAUAAUUCUAAACUUGUUUGUAGAUUGAUUGUAUGUUUUGAAACGGAAAACUGUGUUUCAUUUGUGUUCUUUUUUUUCCUCUUUGACUGACAAGCCAUGCUAGGCAGUCUGGUGUCUGGCCGUUAUUUCUCCCCAUUUCUUCUCCCCAACUGACUCCCCUCCCAAGUCACUACAUAGUAUUGCUGCUGUUCUUGUGUACAUUUUUGUGUAUUUGCUAAUUUUUAUUAACUUCUAGUUUUUCAUUAAAUAAAUGACUUUCUUUUCUGUAAUCCAGGUUUCCCCCUUUUUUUGUACCUUUUGAAAUUAAUUGCAGGUGUCACCUUCUGCUAAUUGAUGAUGGUAAAGUGUAUACUUCUGUAUAUUUGGUAACCCUUUUUUGUGCAAUACUGCCUUUGGUUAUAGUACAGAUUAGUCCUAUGGACCCUAUUUGGAACUUCCGCCUGAAUAACUUUGUGCAGGAUUGCAGCCCUUUCCAGUUAGUCAAUUUGAUGAUGUCGUUCAUUUGACUAUUUUGUGGAUAUGAUCUCUAAAGGCAAUGUUAUUGGACAGUUUCUUUAAAAAACCAACCCCAAAUGGAGCCUUUUAAAUUGUAGAUGCCAUUGUAUUUAAGUUCAAAUAUAACUGCAGAUCUUGUUUCUUUUUGAGAACAUUCGAAUUUAAAGGAAACAAAGUUCAGGCACAUUUUCAAAGAAAUUUAGACACUUAGACAUUUGAAGUCAUUCUUGUAUUUAUUGGUUGUGCAGUACAAGAAGGCGUUGUCUAUACAGUAUUUGUAAACGCUAAAGACAGACCAUUUGUUUAAAAGAAGCAGUUGAGAUAAGCUGUGUUUGGUCUUUUUUUAAAUUCUGUCAUUAAAAGAAUUCCUGGCAAAC